CGACUCAGGGUCCACGGUCCAGGCAACGGACAGGAAAGGAAUCAAACUCGGGACUACGAGCAAUCCCCGAAUGCAUUGCGCCACGUGGACGCCAUUUUUGUAGUUCUCCGAUACAAUCCCGGAAGUCCUUGCUCCGAAGCCAUGUUUGUAGUUCUCAGGCUGGUGGGUCUCUGAGGCGAUGUAUCUUGGACCAUUGGGACUUCCGUGACCAGCAAGAGCUCCGAAGUGAGAAACGAAGGGAUAAAGGUCUGUUUAGAUUAAACCAGAAGAAAAUGAUGUGGUGACCGUUUCUGAGCCCAGCUAUUCGAUACGGAAUGCAGUGUAUGCAGUGUCCCAUGCCCUCCAUAAAAUGCUGCUGAGCAAAAUUGAAAUGGGACCUAAAGAAGACAGAAACAUGGACUGGCUUCUUCUAUGCCAGAGUAUAUUGACCUACAAUGAUGUGCAUGUGAACUUCACUGGAGAGGAGUGGGCUUUGCUGGAUCCUUCCCAGAGGAAUCUCUACAAAGAUGUAAUGCUGGAGACCUACAGGAACCUCACUGCUAUAGGCUACAAUUGGGAAAGUCAUAAUAUAGAAGAGCAUUGUCAAAGUCCUAAAAGACACACAAGGUAUGAAAACAAUCAUUGUGCAGACAAACUCCCUGAAGAUACUCAAGAUGAAGUCUUUGCACAUCACAAUAGUCCCCACACAUGUAAAAGUAUGCAUACUGGUGUGGAUCACUAUGAAUGUUGCCAAUAUGGUAAUGCCUUUGCACAUAAAAGUCAUAUCCUAAGACAUAAAAGUAUACAUAUAGGAGAGAAACCUCAUGAAUGUAACCGAUUUGGUAAAGCCUAUGCAUCUAACAGUAGUCUCCUAAGACAUAAAGGAGGAACUCACACUGAAUGUAACCAAUGCGGUAAAGCCUUUGCACGUAACAGUAGUCUAAUACACAAAAGAACGCACACUGGAGAGAAACCUUAUGAAUGUAACCAAUGUGGUAAAGCCUUUGCAUUUAAAAAUAAGCUCCUGCGACAUAAAAGAACUCACACUGGAGAAAAACCUUAUGAAUGUAACCAAUGUGGUAAAGCCUUUGCACAGAACAUUAAUCUCAUUGUUCAUAAAAGAGCUCACACUGGAGAGAAACCUUUUGAAUGUAACCAAUGUGGUAAAGCCUUUGCAGAUAACAAUGUUCUCCGAAGGCAUAAAAAUCUAUGUUGCAGAAAAUUCUUAUGAAUAUAGCUAAUGUCAUGAAGUCUUUUCAUGUAAGACUUAUCUUGAAGAAGAACACUUAUUGGAGUGAAACCCUGUAAAUAUAAACAAUGUGUUCAAAAGUUUGCAUGCCUUAAUAAUCUCUAUGUACAUAGAAGAAGCACACUGGAUAGAAACUUUAUGAAUGUAACCAAUGUGACAAAGCAUUUUGACAUAAUAGUAUUCUCCUAUGACAUGAAGAACACAUACUAGAGAGAAAUCUUAUGAAUGUAACUAAGGUGGUAAAGCCUUUGCAUGUAACAGUAGUCUCCUAAUACAAACAAAAGAACUCACACUGGAGAGAACUCUUAUGGAUGUAAUCAAUGUGUGAAAGCCUUUGUAUGUAACAGUCAUCUGCUAAUACAUAAAAGAGCUCACACUUGAGAGAAAACUUAUUAAUGUUUCCUUUGUGGUAAAGCCUUUUCACAUAACUGUCAUCUCCUAAUAAAAACGUGCUGUUCACAAUCAUCUUCAACGUCAUGAAAGAAUUCAUAUCAGAAAGAAAGACUAUGAGUGUAUUUACAUGGUGAAGCUAUUCCACAUUUGUAUUAUCUUCAUCAUCAUGAAAGAAUUCAUACAGUGAGAAAUUUUAUGAAUGUGUUAAAAUGGAAGAUCUUUGCACAUAUCUAUAUUCUACAUCAUCAUACAGUUUCAUCAUUAAAGUUUCACAAUGGAGAGAAAAUCUGAAUAUAAUCAAUAUUGUAAGGCUUUUGUGUUCUUCUGUCCACUGAAUCUAAUAUAACUCAAAGAGGUCAAUACAGAUGAAAAAAAAAAUAUUGUCAUUCUGUUUGAUUAGGGACCACAUAAUGUUGAACUGUGAUGCCUACCCAUCCAAUGAGCCAGAAAGUUACAGAGGUUCUGAGCUUGAAAACCAUGAACAUCUUUACUGUUUUGCAACUGAAUUAUUUCCAUCAGUCAUGGUUUAGGGAUAUGGGAUUUGUUUACGUCAUUGAGGAAGUUACCUGAUGCAAAAUGUAGGUUUUACAAUGAAAACAAUCAUAUCCAUUUGUUCUUUUGUGGUUAGGAAAAUUUAUUAUGUUUUAGGAAAGAGAAUCUGUGUUUUGGGUCAGUCAUUAUGUAAGGAGACCAGAAAUCAUGGUAUGGAACAGUCAUGUUUUAGGCAUCAAAAGUUAAGUAAUUAAAUCCGGUCAGCUAUUGGGAAGUUUACAGCUUUCCUAGGGACUAUGAACUUAAACUAAUGUUCACCUUAUAAAUCAUUGAAGGCUGGUAACUAAAAGGAAAUAUUUAGGACAAAUUGCUUUUGCAUGUUCCCACAUACAAUUUGCUUUUACAUGUAUUGCAUAUCAAAGUCAUCUUCAAGUAUACAAAUGGUCAGAUAGUAUAGAGAAACCUUACACAUGUCUUCAUGUGAUAAAUCCUUUUCUUAAUACAGUUGUCUCCAAAUACAUAAAAGAACACACACUACAGUGAAACCCUCUCAAUAAGCAAUGUGGUAAAUCCUUUUCAUAGGGUUUUCUUUGAAAUCAUGAGAAAAAGUCAUGCUGCAGGGAAACCCCAUGAAUGUAGUCAGUAUGGUAAGGUUUUCUGCUUCAUGCUACCAUUCUAUAAGAGUAAAAGCUUUACUGUGUGGGCUACAUCUUAAAGCCUUUGUAUAUCACAGUAGUCUUUGAGAACCUAAAAGAACGCAUUCGGAAGAACAUCUAUUAGAAUAAAAAAUUUGUUAAGAUCUUUGACCCACCAGCUUGCAUUCAAUUACACUAGAUUAUUUUGGAGUAAAAUUCUAACAACUGUCAAAGAUGUAUGCAUGUGUUUGUGACAUCCAUCCUUAUUUUGUUUCCAAUUGAAAUCUCAUGGACCAAAGGCAUAUGGAUUGAAACAAUAAGAUAAUCCAUUUGACAAUUCAGUUCAAUUCCAUGAAAUAAAUCACCCAGUAAUAAAAUUUAUAUGUGGGUAUUAGUGCAUUUUCUGUGACUAAACACAAUGUCUAAGGCAACUUGCAAAUGUGUUUACUUUGCCUUAUGACCUGAGAGGAUAUGGGAUCACUAUAAAUUUGGUAACACAAGUGUCCUACAUGGCAGCUAAAGUAGGAAGAUUGGAGCUCACAACCACCACCUGCAGCAUGAAGCAGCAAGUGGGAACUACAGAAGGUAUGCAGCUGAAAAAUAUGAAGCCCACCCCAAUUAACCUACUUUCUCCAGCAGGGAUACAUUUUUUAAACAUUCCCAAAUGAUACCACCAACUGAAAAUGAUUCAUUUCUCUGAUUUCAAACCUACAUGUUUGAUUUCUCUUACAUGAAGGAAUUCAUGAUGAAGACAUUUGUAGAUAAGCCUGUAGUUGCCCCAACACCUGAAUUCAGUAAUGAAUGCUUAUAGAAGUAAAACAUUCACGAGUAAACAUAUACUUAAGAAUUUGUUUUAAUUUCCCUUAUGUGAUAAUAGUUUUUCUUUGUGUGUUUAUGUGCCUGUCCAUUCUAGUUUCCAUGUAGACUAGACCCACUGAUUUUCUCAUACCAGGAAUUAUAGAAAGUUGUCCAAAACCUGAACUAGGUCCUGGGAAUGAACUUGUCUUAACUGCAAAGCCAUGUAUCUAGUACUGUAAAUAUCUUAAAUCUUAAUAUAUCACCUUUAUGUCAGGAAGUAGAAAAGAAUUCAUAGAAAAGAGCAAUCUUAUUUAUGCAAAAGCGUUAUUACUUUGGACAUAAAAAUGUAUUCAUUUCCAAGAAUAGAAACUAUUUUGAAUCUGUUUUUAAAAGAGCCUCAGAGGAAGUAAUUAUUUACCAUGUUCACUUCAUUAUAAUGGAGGAGAUCACCAAUUGUGGUUGUGGUCUGAAUUUUGAAACAUUGGAGUAGCUAUUGAAUUUGCUGUGUGUGUAGCAAAUCCAUUCACAGAAGUUUAUUAGGUUGUUCUGAUAUUUCCUCUGUGGCAGCUGUUCAUCUUCUAAUGCAUUUCCACUUCGCGAUAGUUAUUUUUCUGCUGCAAUGUAUAGAAUGGAAUCCCCAUCUUCUAUGUGGUCCAUUGUUUAUUUAUAUCAGGCAGUGUGAGAUCAUAGUUUUCAAGGAAGGGUCUAUGAGAACUUGUACUUUUUUAUGUUUUCACAAAUUAAUUUAAGAUGUUUGUUUUUAAGCCUUUCUUGGAUAUCAAUAAUUAAUUGAUGCUUUAUAGUAUGUGUGUACGCAGGUGUGUAUAUAUUGUUUGAAGUUUCAUGCUUCUACAUGUUCCCAUAUUUACUAUACAGCACAUCAUCUUGAAGUAUUGCCUUUAUAGAGAUUUAUCUGGAAGUGAUAGUUAAUGUAACAGCAACAAGAUUUAUUUCAAAAAGACAUGUUAUGUGUGUGAUGGACUAUUCAUUCUUAGGCUAUGACAAAUAUAUGAGGAGUGUGGGAUCUAUUUUCGUCAUGGUUCUAUGAUCUUCAAGGUAUGUUGUCUCUUUUGCAUACCACAAACAUUCCCCACUAAGCUCAUUGAGACUCAUAAAACUUACUUGAAAAAUUACAUCAGUACAGUAUUGUCUUCUAUUCUGAUUAUGAAUAUAUUGUCAUCUGAGGAUGGAAGAAACUGAAAUUAUUUGAUUAAUAAAU